UGGGCCUAUUCGAGUUAUUCGUCUAUGGCGACGGAGUGAGUCCAGACUCGCUUUCACUUUUACUCUACAAAAUUCACUAAAAAAAAGGCAGCUCCUCCCACUUCUCCCCCACCCCAUUCUGUCAAAAACCCUAGACAGAGACGGAGAUAGAGAAAAAAUGGCAUUCAAACAACUUCUAGCCUUGUCUCGCCGAUCCCACAGGGCGGCCGCGUCCGCCUUCACACAGACCGUCCGAUCGGCGUCGACCUCCCCCGCGAUCGCCACGCCUUCAUCCCUGCCUUCCUCUUCCCCUCCUCCUCCUGACGCCAUGAUCUACGACCGACUUGCGGAGGCUGUUAAAUCCAAGAUUAAGCAGCUCGAAAACCCCGACCCGCGUUUCCUCAAGUACGGUUCGCCUCAUCCCGCCGUCGCGGACCAUACCCGGAUCCUCUCCGCCCCGGAGACUCGAGUGACCACCCUCCCCAACGGCCUCCGCGUUGCCACUGAGUCCAACCUCGCCGUAGGCACCGCCACCGUCGGGGUCUGGAUCGACGCCGGGUCGAGGUUCGAGACCGAAGAGACCAACGGCACCGCGCAUUUCCUGGAGCACAUGAUAUUCAAGGGCACGGAGAAGAGGACGGCCAGGUCGUUGGAGGAGGAGAUCGAGAACAUGGGGGGACAUCUGAACGCCUACACGUCUAGGGAGCAGACCACAUACUAUGCCAGGGUUAUGGAGAAGGAUGUGCCUAGGGCGCUCGAUAUCUUGGCUGAUAUCUUGCAGAACUCCAAGUUCGACGAGAACCGCAUUAGCCGCGAGCGCGAUGUGAUUCUCCGGGAAAUGGAGGAGGUUGAGGGACAAACUGAGGAAGUUAUUUUUGACCAUUUGCACGCAACUGCCUUCCAGUACACUCCAUUGGGCCGAACUAUUCUUGGACCUGCUCAGAAUAUUAGGACAAUUACAAAAGAUCAUCUCCAGAACUACAUACAAACGCACUACACGGCCCCCAGAAUGGUCAUUGCUGCUUCUGGAGCUGUGAAGCAUGAGGAUGUUGUUGAGCAAGUAAAAAAAUUGUUCACAAAGUUGUCGUCAGAUCCAACUACAGCUACUCAGUUGGUUGCAAAAGAACCAGCAGCUUUUACGGGUUCCGAGGUUAGAAUAAUUGAUGAUGAUGUCCCUUUGGCACAAUUUGCGGUUGCUUUUAAUGGAGCAUCUUGGACAGAUCCAGAUGCCAUUGCUCUGAUGGUCAUGCAGGCUAUGUUGGGUUCGUGGAAUAAGAGUGCUAGUGGUGGAAAGCACAUGGGUUCCAACUUGGCACAGAGGAUUGGCAUUGAUGAAAUUGCAGAAAGCAUGAUGUCUUUUAACACAAACUAUAAAGACACUGGAUUAUUUGGUGUUUAUGCUAUUGCUAAGCCGGAUGCCUUAGACGAUUUAGCAUAUGCAAUAAUGAAUGAGACCACCAAGUUAUGCUGCCGAGUUCUGGAAGAAGAUGUUAUUCGUGCGCGUAAUCAGUUGAAAUCUUCUCUGCUGCUUCACAUAGAUGGAACAAGUCCUGUAGCUGAAGAUAUUGGCCGCCAGCUACUUACAUAUGGACGAAGAAUUCCAUUUGCAGAGUUGUUUGCCAGAAUUGAUGCUGUUGAUGCUAGCACUGUCAAACGCGUUGCAAACCGAUUUAUCUGGGACCAGGACAUUGCAAUUGCCGCGAUGGGGCCCAUCCAGUCCUUGCCCGACUACAACCGGUUCAGACGCAGGACUUACUUGAACCGCUAUUAGUUUGCGUUUGAAGUUUUCUUUUUGCUCUUGAUCCUUGCCUUUGUUGGGUGGUCUGGUCUCACUCGGAUAAUUUCUUGCACUCUAAGCGGCCAAUGCCCUCCGAGAGCUGUCAGGGCCUGGCGCCGUAAUUUAAUUUGUUUUAGGUCUUUGUUUUUGUAAUAUUCAUAUACAGAAAUAAGGAAGCUACCAUCACAGUUUGUGAUUGUGAAUUAGGGGACACUGAAUUCCUCCCACAUUUGCUCUUAAUGUUUGAGCCAAUACCAUUUUUCUUGUCAUUUC